UCUCUCUCUCUCUCUCUCCGAGCAAACACAGAGCACGCCAAACAAUGCAAUUAUCUCCACUUUCAAGAGUCAGGUCCUACUACGUACGUAAAAAUGAACAGAAACAUAUUCAAGCACCCAAAAAAGCAACUGUAGUAACUCACUUCCCCACUCCCUCUGCACAAUACGCUUACUCCAUGGGCCAUGGCAACUGGCCACCACAUACGGCCGUACUUACACAUAUACUGAUCUCCCAGUACCCCAUCUCUCCAAACUCAAUACAAGUUACAACCACACCCGUCUUCUCUACGACUCCCAUCUGUUCACCCUUAUAGCCCUCUUCUCGGACUCUCUGUUCCGCACACGUACACGGGGGACAACACGCAACAAUGGCGCCCCUUUCCCCACUCUCCCUCCGCCUCCUCCUCCUCUUCAUCUUCAGCUUCAUAAACUUUUGCCACUCCAAAAACACCACUGCUGCUGAAUACUUGAAGCUACCGUUGCUUCGCAAGAACCCAUUGGCAUCCCCAACCGAGCUUCUGUCCUCCGACGCCCACCGCCUCUCGCUCCUCCACCAUCGGCGAACCCUCAAGUCCCCAGUGGUCUCCGGUGCCCCCUCAGGCUCCGGCCAGUACUUCGUGUCCCUACGCCUUGGUACCCCGCCCCAAACCAUCCUCCUCGUCGCAGACACCGGCAGCGAUCUCAUCUGGGUCAAGUGCUCUGCCUGCAGUACCAACUGUUCAUCUGCUGCUACCAACUCUGCUUUCAUCCCCCGCCACUCCUCCACAUUCUCCCCUCACCACUGCUUCGACUCGCAUUGUCGACUCCUUCCCCACCCGUCUCACUCACACUGUAAGAAGCGUCCCCUCCACACCCCUUGCCGCUACGAGUACACCUACUCCGACGGCUCCGUUACAAACGGCUUCUUCUCUAAAGAAACAGCCACAUUACGCACCAGCUUCGGGGGAGAGGCCAGACUGAACAACCUCGCCUUCGGGUGCGGGUUCCGGAUUUCGGGUCCGAGUGUCACUGGUGCCAGCUUCAAUGGAGCUCAAGGGGUCAUGGGUCUGGGCAAAGGACCCAUUUCUUUCUCUUCCCAACUGGGCCACAGAUUCGGUAACAAGUUCUCGUACUGUCUCCUGGACUACACCAUAUCACCUCCUCCGACGAGCUUUUUGACGAUCGGAAAUAUCGUUCCUCGAACCUUUAAAAUGAGCUUCACUCCCUUGCUGGCGAACCCUCUAUCCCCCUCGUUUUACUACAUUGCGGUCCAGAGCGUCUCGGUCAACGGUGCCAAGUUAAACAUCAACCCCUCCGUAUGGUCCAUUGACGAGCUCGGUAACGGUGGCACGAUCAUAGACUCCGGUACCACACUGACCUUCCUGGUGGAACCGGCUUACCGUCAAGUUUUAGCUUCUGUGAAACGGCGGGUUAGGAGGCUGCCGAGUCCUGCUAUCAUGCCCACACUUGGAUUCGAUCUCUGCGUGAACGUGUCGGGCGUGCCGAGACCGAGUCUGCCGAAAAUGAGUUUCAAACUUCUAGGGAACUCGGUGUUGUCGCCACCCCCAACGAACUACUUUAUAGAAGCGGCGGACCGAGUCAUGUGCCUGGCGAUUCAACCCGUGAGUUCGGAAACCGGAUUCUCGGUGAUAGGGAAUCUGAUGCAACAGGGGUUUUUGUUCGAGUUUGACAGAGACAGAUCGCGGCUCGGUUUUUCACGUCAUGGCUGCGCCUUACGGUGACUGAGCUGAUCAAGGAAUCAGUAAUUUAAAAUCCCCGAGCAGCUUUCGCUUUCAUUUUUUAAAACCUCAAUAAGUUUUAUUACCAGAAAUCAGUAGAAGCAAUUAUUUAUCGAUGACCGUGUGAAUUUUGUCUCCAAGAUAUGGCCGUCCUUUUGAUUUUCUCAAGACUGCUAAGGAACAGGAACUGAGGAAAGUGAGAGGCUGGUAAAAGAGUUUUACGAUCUCUUUUAAUUAGCUCUGUCAUGUCUGCCGCUGCUGCGGCCUUGCUCCGAUUUAUGUCUGUUUUUUUGUUUUCCUUCAAGAGUUCAUUGGAAAAAUUGUAUUACGAACAUAUAUACCAUGUUUAAGAAAA